AUGAGUGCCGUGCAACGUUCGCUAGCCCUCUCCAAGAGCUUGUUCCCGGGCGUCAUCCGGUUUAAGAACCCGGUCCAGGCCGUCUGCCGGCCGUCCUACGACGUGUUCAUCAACCACCGCCGGAUCGACACCCGGCGGACCGUUGCCGGGCUGUUGCACGACUACCUGACGAGGCUCGACCUCCGUCCCUUUUUGGACAGUAGGAGCAUGCGGCCCGGGGACUAUCUGUUCGACAAGAUCGACUCGGCGAUCCUCGACUGCACGAUCGGGGUCGCCCUGUUCUCCCCCCGGUACUGUGAGUCAUACUUUUGCUUACACGAGCUCGCCCUAAUGAUGGACACCAAGAAGAAGGUCAUACCCAUCUUUUGUGAUGUGAAGCCUUCUCAGCUUCGAGCUCUUGACAAUGGAGCUCUUUAUAAUGGAACUUGUUCGGAGAAGGAGAUUGAGAGGUUUAAUUCGGCAAUUGAAGUAGCCAAGAACAUUGUGGGAAUCACUUUUGACUCUUCGAUGGGGGAUUGGUCAGAGCUCCUGAGGAAUGCUUCUGAAGCUAUCAUCAAGAGCCUGAUGGAGGCGAAUCAAGACUGGCCAAACGAGAAUUAG